AUGGCGUCAAGAAGAAAACAACCCACCUGGAGGAAGAAGGAUGACAUUCAUUUUGUCAAUGCCAGACCUGCCUCCGAAACUGAACGAUUGAAAGCUCAGCGUCUGGUGCGUGCGCAUGUCGGGCGUUGGAUUUCAGAUCAAACAAAGGACCGAUCCGCCGGCGAAUCCUCCAAUACACGCACUCGACCGGUCCGCAAUCCAGUUCCCACCGUACCCGUCAAUGACCGCGCCGGUUCUGGUCCCUCUUAUACUAUCGUCUCACGCCCCUCAAGCUCCCAUCGGAACAUCCCCCGCGACUCUCGCAACCAGGUCACAUUCCGCGAUUCGCCCUUCCCGCCCUCCCAUGCUAGCGAUAGCAGCGAUAGCAGCAGCGAUGAUGCGAGUACCGUAACGGCCUUCUCUGCAGAAGCGCUCGCUGUUGCCCGGUUCAACAAACGGAACUCUCCUGAGCGACUCGAACGCAAUCUCUCUGGGAUAUUCGAUCCAUUCGCCACAUACCCCGCGCCUCAGAACUUCGAACCAGAGAUGAUCAAUUUGUCAGAGCGCUAUCUCACGGCUGUUGUGUGGCCGGGACUUGCCCCGCAACCACAUAAUGUGAAAGCUACGGCCAAUAAGUGGUUCGAUCUGUCCAUGGCGGACCCGGCUUUGUUUACAGCGUUCAUGUUUGGUUCCCUUUGUCAUCUCCGUGUACAGUGGCAGAAUAAUUGGGUGCCCGGUACGGUAUUCGGUCAAAGGGAACACCGGGCGCUACAGCUAUGUGAAAUGGAAUCGAUCAAGCUGAUCAACCAGGCCGUUCGUGAUCCAGAUCGUGCGGUCAGCGAUGCGGUUCUCCUUAGCGUUAUUUGCAUGGCUCAUCAUCAGGCAGAGGAGAAAUUGGUACAGCGGCACCGGAAAACACCAUUUAAUCCGCCUUUCCCACGACUACAAUGGAUCGAUGUCUACGGGUGUCUGCCACCGAAUAUGAUCCAUAUCAAAGGAUUGUUACAAUUGGUCAAACUGCGAGGCGGCUUAGCGAACAUUUCCACAGAGGGUCUCGCCGCGACAAUUUCCUUUUCGGAUAUCAUGAGCUGUAGCGUCCUCUGUGUCCGCCCAUGCUUUGAUUUCUGGCCUCUCGCCGAUUUCCGAUUGGGCUUAUCCAUCCAAGAGCUGCUUGGCUUCGGCCCAUCAGCCAUUGAGCAGGGAUUCGGCCGUUUGCAGGAAAUUGGCGCCACUCCCCAAAUGGCAGAAGCUUUCCAAGCGGUGCACACUUAUAUCGAGAUCAUCAAAGCGGGUCCCCAACAUGAUAUCUCUUUGCUCGCCGACCGGCGCAACCUAACCCAACAUACGCUCCUCUGUCUCACCCCGGGCUCAGACCUCUACUUCUCCCACCCCGUCCAUGCCGCCACCUAUGAAGCCUGCCGCCUAGCGGCACUCAUCUUCGGGGUCGGCGUCCUCUUCCCAAUCCCCGCACAGAAUACCCCUCUCAACAAACUAGCGCGUCUUAUCCAGUCGCUCCUACUCCAACCCUCCUCCUCCGAAAUAUGGUCUUCGCCAUCCACGCGGCUCGCUCUGAUCUGGGUCUUGGUCCUCGGCGGUAUUGCAGCGAACGAUGCCCCCGAGCGCGUUUGGUUCGUCUCUGCUCUCGGAGAUGUAGCCCGCAAGACUGGUUUGAAUUCAUGGGCCAGCAUCAAAUCUAUUAUUGGAUCCAUGUUGUGGUACGAUGCUGCCUGUGAUCUCGCUGCAGAGACUCUCUGGCAGGAGAACGCUAGCCUGUAUGGCUAUCUCAUUGAGUGA